AUGCAGAAGCAGCUGUACGAUUCCCACAUACUGCAGGGUUUCACUGGGGACCAUGCGGGAAUGGCACCCAAAGGGGGCGCAGCUGCGCCGUAUUCCUGGUUCUUCCUGGUCAUGCGGGACGGUCCCGGCGUCUUCCCGUCUUCCCGGUUCUUUCCGGUUCUUCCCGGUCAUGCGGACGGUCCCGGCGGUGUCGGGUCGGCGUCACUCCACGCAUUUCUGCAAAGGAUAGCGUUCAACAACAGUGCUGGAGAUGAAAUCACGCUCAAUGCUCGUGGAGAACUAGCAGGUGGAUUUGAUAUUACGAACUUGGUCACUUUUCCCAACAACUCCUAUGUCCGAAUCAAGGUUGGGAUGUUGGAUCCUCACUCUCCUCCAGGCAAGGAGCUCACCAUUCAUGAAGACACAAUUGAGUGGCACAAAAGCUUGAGUCAGGUGCCUCCACUGUCAGUCUGUAAUGACCCCUGUAUGCCAGGAUACAGCAGGAAAAAGAUGGAGGGGAAGGCGUUCUGCUGCUAUGACUGUGCUUCCUGUCCAGAUGGCAAGAUAUCAAGCCAAGAGGACAUGGAGGACUGUGCUGCUUGUCCAGAAGAUCACUAUCCAAACAGCAACCAAAAUCAAUGCAUCUCCAAGACCCCACAUUUCCUCUCUAUUGAAGAACAUUUAGGGAUUGCUUUCGUCUCCUUGGGUCUCUCUUUUUCUGCGCUGACAGCUCUGGUGCUUGGAAUCUUCAUUAAGCACCGGGACACUCCCAUCGUCAAAGCCAACAACAGAAGCCUCUCCUACAUUCUCCUGGUGUCUCUCCUUCUGUGCUCUCUCUGCCCACUGCUCUUCAUCGGACAGCCUCACCAGGUGACCUGCCUCCUCCGACAAACAGCUUUUGGCAUCAUCUUCUCAGUGGCUGUAUCUUCUGUGCUGUCCAAAACGGUGACUGUGGUGAUGGCUUUCAUGGCCUCGAAACCAGGAAACAUGUUCCAAAAGUGGGUGGGGAAAAGAUUGGCUCAUUCUGUGGUCUUCUCCUGCUCUCUUGUUCAAGUGGGCAUUUGUGCUAUUUGGAUGUGGACUUCCCCUCCUUUCCCACAUCUGGACAUGCACUCACUUACUGAAGAAAUCAUACUGGAAUGCAACGAGGGAUCCUUGACCAUGUUUUGCUGUGUCUUGGGCUACAUGGGCUUCCUUGCCACCAUCAGCUUCAUUGUAGCUUUCCUAGCCAGGAAAUUACCAGACAGUUUUAAUGAAGCCAAGUUCAUCACCUUCAGCAUGUUGAUCUUUUGCAGCGUUUGGCUCUCAUUUGUUCCAGCUUAUCUGAGCACAAGAGGGAAAGACAUGGUGACUGUGGAGAUUUUCUCCAUCUUGGCCUCCAGUGCUGGGUUAUUGGGCUGCAUCUUUCAGCCAAAAUGCUAUAUCAUCAUACUGAGGCCUGAGUUGAACAAUAGAGGGCAUUUGGGAAGACGUAAGUCAUAUGUAAUCCGGAAAAGAAGACCUUAUCAAUAACGGGGAAAAUUAAAGCAUUAAAAGUGUGUAUAAUGCCAAAAAUGUUUUAUUUAUUUAGAACUCUUCCUUUGGAAAUUAAAAAGAAGCAAUUUGAGGAAUGGAAUAGAAAGUUAAAAACACGGGUGUUUAAUCAACCCCCCCUCCCAAGAGUAAUGAAUAAAGUUUUAUAUAUGACCAAGAAAUACUUAGGAUGGGGUAUUCCAAAAAUGCAAGAUUAUUAUGAUGAAUUCCAAAUAAGAGUCUAAUGGGAAUAAAAGAGGAUAAUAGUGAGAAAUGGGUCAAGAUGGAAAAUGAAAUAAAUGGAGGAAUUGGUACAUAUGGGAUAUUUACUCACGAAAUGAAGAAAGGCAAUAACUUAAUAAGUGGACCAAGAAAGGUGAUAUUAGAUAUAUGGGAAAAAUGGAAGGAAAAAAUGGAUGCCUGGCAUUCUGGG